AACCUAAUCCCUUAAACCUCUCCGGCGACGGAAAAAAAUGGCACUCUCGUCUCCUUCGCUCCGUCUUCUUCCUCAGUAUCCCUUCAGUGUAAUAACCUCAGAACGAUACCGUUUCACCUCUACGAAAGCCUCACUACUGACCUCUGGCUUCUUUAUCGGUGAAUCUUUAUCGGUCAGAACUCCGGCAUCUUCCUUCGUCGUCGGCGCUAUCUCCGGGAAAUCCUCUACCGGGACGAAAUCGAAAUCCAAACCCAAACGUAAACCACCACCUCCUCCUCCGGCAGUUACUACUGUCGCUGAAGAUGAAAUCAAAGAGUCAGGCAUUGACGAGUCAGAAACAGUCAACAUUGCCGAAGAUGUCACUCAAUUGAUUGGAAGCACACCAAUGGUGUAUCUCAAUAGAGUCACUGAUGGAUGUUUAGCUGACAUUGCUGCAAAGCUCGAAUCCAUGGAGCCCUGUAGAAGCGUCAAGGAUAGGAUCGGUCUGAGCAUGAUCAACGAGGCAGAAGACAGUGGAGACAUAAGGCCUAGGAAGACUGUGUUAGUAGAACCAACAACCGGAAACACUGGUCUCGGGAUUGCUUUUGUGGCUGCAGCUAAAGGCUAUAAACUUAUAGUUACAAUGCCAGCUUCUAUAAAUAUUGAAAGAAGGAUGCUUUUACGCGCACUGGGAGCAGAGAUUGUGCUUACGAAUCCAGAGAAGGGUCUCAAAGGAGCUGUAGAUAAAGCCAAAGAGAUUGUUCUCAAGACAAAAAAUGCAUAUAUGUUUCAGCAAUUCGACAAUACAGCAAAUACAAAAAUCCACUUUGAAACUACAGGACCAGAAAUCUGGGAAGAUACAAUGGGUAAUGUCGAUAUAUUCGUUGCUGGAAUUGGAACUGGUGGUACUGUAACUGGUACUGGAGGUUUCUUAAAAAUGAUGAACAAGGAUAUUAAGGUAGUUGGCGUUGAACCAUCAGAGAGAAGUGUAAUUUCUGGAGACAAUCCUGGUUACUUGCCGGGAAUCCUGGAUGUUAAAUUACUUGAUGAAGUGUUUAAGGUUAGCAAUGGGGAAGCGAUUGAGAUGGCGAGGAGACUAGCUCUAGAGGAAGGAUUGCUGGUUGGGAUAUCAUCUGGAGCCGCUGCAGUAGCAGCAAUCAGCUUGGCUAAAAGAGCAGAGAAUGCUGGAAAACUUAUCACGGUUCUGUUUCCGAGCCAUGGUGAGCGGUAUAUCACAACGGCUCUGUUUAGUUCGAUCCACAAAGAGAUCCAAGAGAUGAGAUAUUAGUAGCAGCCAUUACUAGAACAAGUUUGGUCUUUUGGAAAGAGUGUAAACAACAAGUCUCUGCAAUAUCGAAAAGAGAGGGCAACACCUUUACAGGUUUUGAGAAUGCCGUGAGGUUAGAGCUCACACGUAAAUUGAGAGAUAAACAUGUCUCGAGAUCAAACAGGUUUUUUUGUGAAUGUAUAGAAAAGUAGAGACCUUGUUGCCCUAUUCUUCUUCUCUCAGUUCUCACUCAUCAUAUGUGAAGGAAGUGUAUGGCUGAACAGAUCCAAGUUUAGUCAUCUAAACCCAAAAAAUGAUUUGAAUUGAGAUCUCCAAAGAAUGAAAGAUACAA